CGAUAUAGCACGCAACAUCUUGAAGAUGGUCUUGUUAAUUGUUGAGAUGCUUCCACAGUUAGAUGCUCACGAAAGUCACCAAUUCAAACGUUGUCUCUACCGUUUCCUUCGUAACGACCGUAGAUGGGGUUUGGAUUGCCAAAAUUUCUUGCACAUGAUUUGCCGUUGUGAAGAUCCAUUUCAAUAUUUAAGCAGAUCUCUUAAUUCUGCCUAUGAAAGCGAUGAAGAUGAUAGCGAAGAUGAUGAUGAUAGCGACAACGAUGAUUAUAGCGACGACGAUGAUGAUAGCGACGACGAUGAUGAUAGCGACUCUUGUUCAUGUGUUAGUGAUGAUGGCGAAACUGAUGGAUCUGUUAGCGGAUGUUCUUCGUGUGGCUACCACGUUGAUAAUGGCGGUCCUAACGACAACGAUGAUGAUUUUGACGUGGUUCGUUUUGAAGAUGAUUUCUUGAACCUUGACGUGAACCUUCUUGAAGAUGGAAUAAUAGAAGAGGUUGAAGAUGAUUUCUUGAACCUUGACGUGAACCUUCUUGAAGAUGGAAUAAUAGAAGAGGAGCAAGUUUUGGAAACACCCUCUAAGGAGUUGCAGAUUGCCGUAAUUAGGUUGUUCUUGGAACUUGGAGCUGAUCCUAAUGCAACGGAUGCUGACGGAUUAACACCUCUACAUUGGCUGAGCAUGUAUUCUAAGGAUUUUGGCCAAGCUCAGGUGGUCAUGGAACAUGGAGGCCAUAUUGAUCAAGCUGAUUACAACAGGCAAACACCUCUGAUGCACUUUAGGCAAUGGCACAGAGUAUUUGACAGAAUGCCCGAUCCUCGCCUUCAAGCUUUGCUUCACACCGUUUUGCCACUAAGUUGUUUGGCAGCACAAGUCCUGCGCCAAAAUCAAAUUCUAUUUGACGUGAAGGAGAUUCCAGCUACUUUGCAUUCAUUUGUUCGCCGUCAUUAAACACUGGAUAAUUUGAAAUUCCAACAUUAAUUUCGAAUACUUUUUUUCUGUCUUUCCUUUUUGAUGAUCGUAUAAUUUUCACUGUUCUGUCAGCUGAUUACACAAAAUUUCUUUAACAUUUUUCUAACUGUGUUGCCAUACUUAAUUAUUUUGAUAGUGACUCUUAAAUUGCGAAAACAACAAAUCUUUGGAUUUUGGAACGGAAAUGCCAACAAGUAAGAUGUUUUGCAUUUUACA